UGUAUUGUAGUAAUCCCUCAAUCAAUGCUUUACCAAACUCACCAUCCACUUCUCUUUCAAUUUCAUCCCUUCACUUCUCAACUACAUCCUCCUCUCCACCUUCUCUUCUCCUUUUCCCCCCAACCAUCCCUCUCUCUCUCUCUCUCUCUCAGGCCCAAACAUAAAUGGAGUGUGUUGAAGCACAAGCAGCUUUAAAAAGCAGUUUUAUCAAAACCACCACCGUCAAACUCACUCCACAAACAUUGUUACAAGAGCUGUCAACUUUUAAUGUCCAAAACGUAACUCCUGUCGAAGAUUUCUUUGUCGACGAUUUCCUUAACUUUUCCGAAGAAGAAGAAGAUGAAAAAGAUGAAAACUUUAUCGAUAAAAAACAACAACCCCAACAACAAAACCAAAACGAAAGCCACCAAAUUUUCCACCCCAUAAUCAACGACCAUUUUGCUUCAUUACCCACCACAGAACUCACAGUUCCGGUAGAAGAAGCUGCUGAUUUAGAAUGGUUAUCUUAUUUCGUUGAAGAUUCCUUCUCAGAAUUCUCCACAACAGAGAAUCUUCAACUUCAAUUUCAAGCAAAAGCUCCUGAACCAAAACCCACGUUUUCAACUCCGUGUUUCAAAACUCCAGUUCCGGCGAAAGCAAGAAGCAAGAGAACAAGAACCGGCGUUCGUGUAUGGCCAAUUUCAUUCGUGGAUUCAUCUUCAACUUCAAGUUCAACCACCCUUUCUUCUUCCUCCACACACCUCGACGAGUGUUCGAAGCCGCCGGAGAAAAAGACGAAGAGAAUGGCUUCGCUUGACGGAGAAGGUAGAAACGUUUCGCGGCGGUGUAACCAUUGUGGUGUUCAGAAAACUCCUCAGUGGCGAACCGGUCCGCUUGGACCGAAAACGCUUUGUAAUGCUUGUGGGGUCCGGUUUAAAUCGGGUCGGUUAUUACCCGAAUAUAGACCCGCUUGUAGUCCGACAUUUUCGAGUGAAUUGCAUUCUAAUCAUCACCGGAAAGUGUUGGAGAUGCGGCGGAAGAAGGAGGGUGUUCCCGGUUCGCCACUUCCUCCGGUUGCUCCCGGUUUUUUAAUUUAACUAUUUCUUUUUCUUUUUUUUUUUAGUUAGGAAAUUAGGGAAAAAAAAAGGACUAGUUUAGGAACAACUUAAAUUAAUGAGUUUUUAUUUUAGUGCGCACAUAUUUAUUUUUGUUACUUUUUUACUGUUUGUUGAGUGAGUCAAAUAGGUGUCACUACUAGGCAUUAUAGCAUAAGUUACUUUAUGUAACUUACUAGGAUUUAAAUUAAAGAAUUUGAAGUCCUUUAAUUUUA